CACCCAGACACACUCGCGUUCGCGGACAGUAAACAAACGUUACAUGUGGCAGGAGUGCUUGGAAGGUGGGAUCUCUCCUGUUGUUUGGAUAGAGGGUGGAGGAAGACUACACGGUGUGUUGGUGGGAACUGGCCAGAUGGUGACAGAUGUAUAGGCACUGAGGUUGGUUUAGGAGGAGGGUUUAGGGCGAGUAGGGUGGCGGGGGGUGUUCAGGUACGUUAAGGUAUAUUUGAUGACGUGGUGAAGUCCCAGUGACGUAAGGAGCGUGAAGACAGAAGAUUCCAGAAAACCGGUUUGGUCAUUAAGAACAGGUGCUUCAGGAAGUUACUUGAACAAGCAAGGAGUGCUCACCUCGUUCUUCCUGUGGAUACAUACGCCUGACAGCUGGAAUUACCGGAGGAGCUAUUUAUACAAUCUCGUAUGAGUGUGUGAGAAUGCGAGCGAGUCAUGGUUGGGGCCUAUUAGCACCUUGAAGAGGUGUAGAGUUUCAGAACUUGGGUAGUGCGCAAAAGCACCAUGGCCGAGGAGGUGGAUUUCAUAUCUUUGGGACUGAAGAGGACAUUGAUCCAGUGAGGGUCGAUCAAAGCUGGAAAGGGAUUGGCAACCACAAGGAGGAGUCAAUGGGUGAUAUCAUCAACAGUUACGGAACCGUCUUACAACUGAGCAAAAGGUUCUAACUACGCCAUGUCUAACGGCGGUGGGGUGGUGAGCAGCUCCACCCACCUGCUGGAUCUGCUGGAGGAGCCCAUCCCGGGCGUGGGGACCUACGAUGACUUCCACACCAUCGACUGGGUGCGCGAGAAGUGCAAGGACCGCGAGCGGCACCGCAAGAUCAACAGUAAAAAGAAGGAGUCAGCGUGGGAGUUCACCAAGAGUCUGUAUGACGCCUGGUCAGGAUGGCUGGUGGUCACGCUCACUGGCCUGGCCUCAGGGGCGCUGGCCGGGGUGAUAGACAUCGCAGCCGACUGGAUGAACGACAUCAAGGAGGGCGUGUGCCUCACGGCCAUGUGGUUCAACCACGAGCAGUGCUGCUGGGGAUCCAACGAGACCACCUUCGCCGAGAGAGACAAGUGUCCGCAGUGGAAGACCUGGGCCGAGCUCAUCCUGGGACAGGCGGAGGGUCCGGGGUCUUACAUCAUGAACUACUUCAUGUACACGUACUGGGCGCUGUCCUUCGCCUUCACCGCCGUGUGUCUCGUCAAGGUGUUCGCCCCCUACGCCUGCGGCUCAGGGAUCCCUGAGAUCAAGACCAUCCUGAGCGGGUUCAUCAUCCGGGGGUACCUGGGCAAGUGGACGCUGCUGAUCAAGACCAUCACGCUGGUGCUGGCCGUGGCGUCGGGCCUCAGCCUGGGCAAGGAGGGGCCGCUGGUACACGUGGCCUGCUGCUGCGGAAACAUCUUCAGCUACCUCUUCCCCAAGUACAGCAAGAACGAGGCCAAGAAGAGAGAGGUGUUGUCUGCAGCAUCAGCAGCGGGUGUCUCGGUGGCUUUUGGUGCACCAAUUGGAGGUGUUCUCUUCAGUCUUGAGGAGGUGAGCUACUACUUCCCCCUGAAGACUCUGUGGCGCUCCUUCUUCGCCGCCCUGGUGGCCGCCUUCGUGCUGCGCUCCAUCAACCCGUUUGGCAACAGCCGCCUGGUGCUGUUCUACGUGGAGUACCACACGCCCUGGUACCUGUUCGAGCUCUUCCCCUUCAUCCUGCUGGGCGUGUUCGGCGGGCUGUGGGGCGCCUUCUUCAUCCGCGCCAACAUCGCCUGGUGCCGCCGGCGCAAGUCCACGCGCUUCGGCAAGUACCCGGUGCUGGAGGUGAUGACGGUGGCGGCGGUGACGGCCGUGGUGGCCUUCCCCAACCCGUACACGCGGCAGAACACCAGCGAGCUGAUCAAGGAGCUGUUCACCGACUGCGGCCCGCUGGAGUCCUCCCAGCUCUGCCAGUACCGCAGCCGCAUGAACGGCACCAGCGCCUACGCCGACGCCUCGGGCAACCAGGCCUCCACGCCGGGGGUCUACUCCGCCAUGUGGCAGCUGGGGCUGGCGCUCGUCUUCAAGGUCGUCAUGACCAUAUUCACCUUCGGACUAAAGGUCCCGUCAGGUCUGUUCAUCCCCAGCAUGGCGAUCGGGGCGAUCGCGGGGCGUAUCGUGGGCAUCGUGAUGGAGCAGCUGGCGUACUACCACCACGACUGGUUCCUGUUCAAGGAGUGGUGUGAGGUGGGCGCUGACUGCAUCACCCCCGGCCUCUACGCCAUGUUGGGCGCCGCCGCCUGCCUGGGUGGCGUGACGCGUAUGACGGUGUCGCUGGUGGUCAUCGUGUUCGAGCUGACAGGCGGCCUGGAGUACAUCGUGCCCCUCAUGGCCGCCGUCAUGACCAGCAAGUGGGUGGGCGACGCGUUCGGGCGCGAGGGCAUCUACGAGGCGCACAUCCGCCUCAACGGCUACCCGUUCCUGGACGCCAAGGAGGAGUUCACCCACACCACGCUGGCGCGGGACGUGAUGCGGCCGCGGCGCUCCGACCCCCCGCUGGCCGUGCUCACACAGGACGACCUCACCCUGGCCGAGCUGCAGACCAUCAUCACCCAGACCAGCUUCAACGGCUUCCCCGUCAUCGUCUCCAAGGAGUCGCAGCGGCUGGUGGGCUUCGCCCUGCGAAGAGACAUCACCAUCGCCGUCGAAAACGCCCGGCGCAAACAGGAGGGCAUCCUGCUGACCUCGCGGGUCUACUUUACCCAGCAUGCCCCGACGCUGCCCGCCGACAGCCCCCGCCCCCUGAAGCUGCGCUCCAUCCUGGACAUGAGCCCCUUCACCGUCACCGAUCACACGCCCAUGGAGAUCGUGGUGGACAUCUUCCGGAAGCUGGGCCUGCGCCAGUGCCUGGUCACCCACAACGGGAUUGUGUUGGGAAUCAUCACAAAGAAGAAUAUUUUAGAGCACCUGGAGGAGCUCAAGCAUCGAGUGGAGCCCCUGGCGUCUCCUCGGCGUCAUCACAAAAAAAGAUAUCCUCCGCCACAUGGCCCAGAUGACAGAAGAAGAUCCCGAGACCAUAAUGUUCAACUAGUUCCAUCCUUCAUCACCUGCACUAAACAGGAGGAGGAGGAGGAGGAGGAAGAGGAGGUCCGCUUACUGGACAGCACGUCCCUCUGACAACACGUCCCCCCCAGCUACCACCCCCCCCCCCCCCCCCCCCCGCCCCAAAUACCACACCAUUCUUUACACACUCCCAUUGGCGUGCACGCACGUGUGUACGCAGAAGACGUUGGCGGGGCUAGCGUCUCAGUAUUGCCCUCUGUUGGUGGGGACUGGAAAUGCACAGCCCAGCACACAGACUGACAGAGGGAGGAAGAGAUAUGAAACUGUGUUUCGUGUGUCGCAGGAGAAUCAGUGCCCAAGAACAGUGUGUAAAUCAAACUACACACACACACACACACACACACGCGCUGACACUAGUAUGCCUGUCUACAUACGCAAACCACUGACACACACACACACGUGCGUGCAUACACACACACUCACACACAAACACACACGCACACGCUGACACUAGUAUGCCUGUCUACAUACGCAAACCACUGACACACACACACACACACACACACACACACACACAAACACACAAAAACAAACACACAGUUCAUGCAACCUUGCUCCUCCCGUCCCAACGCCCCGUUGUUGAUUGACCUUUUGAGAUGUGACCUUUGACCUGUCUCGUUAAGGGUGCCUAGGAUAGGUCGAGAUGAAACGCCCUGAGAAGGGGGGCUACUGCUACCCUCGUGAUCCAACAAUGUUUACCUGUAAAGUCUGAGUGGUGUGUGUGUGUGUGUGUGUGUGUGUGUGUGUGUGUGUGUGUGUGUGCGUGUGUGCGCGCGCGCGCGUCUAAAAAAAAAAAAAAAAAAAGCACCCAACAUUCCAGAUAAGUUGGUAUGUGAACCGUUUGGCUUUCUUGCACCUUUCCAGAAGGAAUGAAAAGCUCAACAGCUUUAAAGUUGUGUAUGUCUGUGUGCAAGUUGUGCGUGCGUGGUUGUGUGUAUUUGAGAGCAAUGGAGAAUGAUUGUGUGUGUGUGUGCAUGCAAUAGGUUGCCUAUUUUAUGUUAUGUGUGCAAGACUGAAAGUUGUCAACAUUUCUCACUGUGUAUGAGUUUGGAAGGCUGUUUUAGGGGGUGAUCAAGUAAUUAAAUGUAAAAUAUGAACAAACAUACAAAUCAAAAGUUCAACUAUGAGGAGCUGCUGGACGUGUGUGUGUGUGUGUGGGUGUGUGGGUGCCUGAGCCUCUGAUCACUUGUCAGGAAGGUGGUAACUGCCAGGAUGUAUGGGACGUUCGCUCUCAUUCUCCCUGGUCGUCGUUUAGGGACUGACUAACAAAAAGUACCUGGAAUUCUGUGUUCUUUGUUCCUGGGUAAAAAUAAGAAAACUCUUUUUUUUUUUUGUUCGGACUACUAUUGUUGCUACUACUUUUAGACUUAUUGUAUAUUACCAAGUAACUCCACUUUUUCGGCUUAGAAGAUAAAUGUUCCGCCUAAACCAACGUGACAUUUUGAAAGGGGUGGUACUGCGUUUGGAUUAUCACAGCGAGUUAAGCUGCAGCCCUUUCCUUUCAUCUCGCUUUUGAUAGUUUUGUUUUUUCUUUAUCGGUAAAUUCUAUUAAAGAACAUGUCUUACCUCAAUUACUUUCUCUAAAAAAAAUGAUUAAACUGGUCUCGGGCAGCCCCACCGACAUCAUUCUUCAAGCGGCUAUUGCCUGCGGUGAGCUAUAGGUAACACGGCCCACAAGGAGUGCAAUGAAGUUUGCUUGCUUGAAACGUUUUCAUCUUCUUGGCAAAAGCGCUCACGGGAGUUGACUUGAAGACAAACACAUGGCCUAUAAUUGCAGAGGGCCUGCGCUAAAAAAAAAAAAAAAAAAUAACGAACCUUGAAGUUUACCAGUGUCCAUUUUUUUGGUUUUUCUUUGUUAACUGCUAACCUGAGCGAAAUGAUUAAAGUGAGCGAGCCGACUCCAGGCUCACGCAGACUGGGGGGAGUGUGAUCUGUCCUCGUGGUCGUCCAGGGUGUCACGCGCCGGGCCUGUGUUCGCCAGAGAGCGGGAAGAGGAGCAGUCUGGGCAUCGUUGUCUUCUACAGUGACUGUCCUGCUGUCGAAACCAUCUUAUUUCCUUAAAUCGAUCUCCAGUGUUUUUGUUUUUUAUUUAUAUUAGUACUAGAGUUGUACAGUACUGUAUGAAGAGUUUUACGUAUAAUUACGUAUGAUUGAAGGGUCGAUUGUACAUUUAAAGCAAAGUAUGUAAAGAUUAAAUUGUUUUAAAUUAAGUGUAUGCAACAGCG